AUGCGUUUAACAAAUAUUUUAUAUAAAAAAGUAAAAGCUAAGCGUAUAAUGGUAGUGGUGGAGAGUAUGGUUAGUGGUCACAAAUUUAAUACCGUGCGUGAGAGAUUGGGCGAUAAAGUGGAAACUAUACGUUUCGACCCUUACAUACAAAAGGAGGCCGUAUAUCGUGAACUCAAAAAGAUACGCAGUGUGAAAUAAAUGAAAUUUUUAUAUAUAAAUAAAUUCAUGUAAAUUGCU